AUGAAUGAAUGGGUGGUGGGUAACGGGGGCCUUGGAAUAGCUCCAUGGGAUGAAGGAGAAUCAGAGCUAGAGUUUAGGAGGUUGAAUGGGCCAGGGAUGCAGGGACCCUUGGAGGCAUUAAGGAGGAGGGGAUGGAAUACACAGAGGGCCUCCUUCUCUUUCAGAUUUGUAAUUGCCCUCUCUCCUGACAUAGUAGAUUACUGCCACUCCUAUGAACUGUUCAAUAGGUGGUGGCAUGGGCAUGUCCUGGCUACACAGCGGCCCAGUCUCUUUAUUUUGAUGUUAGUGUGAUUAGGGAGUCUGCCCUUGUUCUGUGCCCUGGGACCCGAGCAUGUGGGAGCAGGGCAGAUGGGUGGCAGGAGGCCAGGGGUUGGAUCAUGUUCCCCUGAAAUGCUGGGAAGCAAUAAGCCUCCUCCUCCCCCCACCAUUUUUCUGGAGAUUAGGACUUAUUCUCACAGCUGGAGGAAGCUCAACAACUUUCCUGAGGACAAUGAUUGUUUGAAAGGCUUGUUUUGUAAGGAAGCCAGGACGAAUGUAUGAGUUAGAUGAGCUAAAACAGUUCCUCACUUGGUCUAGUUUUCUGGGCCAGGGGAGUAAGUGGAAUUCACUUCUCUAUACGAAUAAGCCCAUCCAUCUCUUCUGUUCAUGAACAGAGACAAAGAAUGCUUGGCAUGACAUGCCUCUGAGGGAGGCUCUGGGAGGAGGCCAAGCUGGCAGGUUCGGGUUCUUUGCCCUUGCUAGGGCCUAGGUCAGAGGGAAAAGAAACAUACUUGUACCCUUCCCUCACCACCUCGUAGGUCCCCAGGUACCAGGUGCCCAGGGAAGAAGGCCUUCACAAUGAUCCCCCAGCACAGAACAGCCCCUGCACACCCAGUAACCGGCAUCUGGCUUCUCCUUAGCUUCGUGCAGCUGUGGAUUUUGGGAAAGUGGCCUCUUUAAUCUGAGCUUGC